UUCAACAACAAAACACGCAGCAUAUUCAUGUGUAAACUGAACUCUGCACAGUUACUAAUACUAAUAGUAGUAAUACUACUAAUACUAAAAAUAGAUGAGCAAUUUACUAUUAUGUGAUAUAAUGAGUAUUGUGUUAUUUAUGUGCAACGAUAUACAUUUACAUGCGACUGUAACGCAGUUUAGCUGUAAUAAGUUUACCCUUUCGGGUAUUAUAUGUAGGGUACGUAACCAAAAUUGCAAGGCAGAUAGGUGACAUAGCCAUACUAGGUCUAAAAUUAAGUCUGGGCAUAUCUAAAACUAUGGCAGCGAAAAGAAAAUUGCAUGAGCCAGGUAAUUCGUCAAAAAAUAACGUAGGUCCCCUAGCGAAAAAGGGACACUGGAGCCUUGGCCUAAAAGCGUCAAUGGAUGAUCCGGAACUUCGGGUGGAUAGGGACGAAAUGGUAGUAAUAAUCAAGGAUAAAUACCCAAAGGCAAGGUUCCAUUUCCUAAUUCUACCACAUGAGAGCAUACCUAACCUCAAAGCUCUCUCAAGGGACCACCUUCCUCUGUUAAAACACAUAGAGAAAAGGGGUGUGGAGCUAGCUGAAAAAUCAAGCAAAGCUCUGAAGUUUCGGUUUGGGUAUCACGCAGUACCGAGCAUGAGCCAUGUCCACAUGCAUGUGAUCAGCCAAGACUUUGAUUCACCCUGCCUAAAGACAAAGAAACACUGGAACUCGUUUACGACUGACUAUUUUCUUGAUAGUAAAGAUGUCAUCGAGCAGAUAGAACAAAGUGGCAAGGUGGCUGUGGACCAAAGUAAUGCUGGACAACUUUUGAAAAACCCUUUAGUGAAGGACUUUUGUCAAUCCACUCUCCAUUGGUGUUCGGUACAGCCACAUGUAAGCCAACUGUUCGAGCAGCAUUUAGUGUCACAGGAACACUUUGAUUUUUCAGUGUAGUGAGAUAGUGGUAGCUUCUAGAUGUGUUCUCUGAUUGGUUGCUGUCAGUAUUUGAAGAAAGACAAUCCGAUGUUCCGAUAUAAUUUGACUGAGUAUAAAUCUUCAGGGGAAUGCCUCCACCUAUCUUUGGCUUCAGUGUAUUCUUGAAAGAGUUAUUGAUAUCAAUAUGCUUGGUUAAUGACUGAGAAGUGCAUAAUUGUUCACGGUCAUGGUAACUUUUCUGUUCUCUUGCGAAUUCCCCAUUUUUCGGUCUGUGAGGCGAAUGCAACUUUCGAACAAGGAAUGCUUUAGGCAUUUUC